AUGGUAUGGCACUGCCAGUGUGUGGGCCUAUUUAAAUAGGGGUUAGCAUAGGAAGACACAGCUUACUCUCUCACACCUUCCCUCUCUCUUGGGAGCGAUUGCAGACCAGCCUUCUCCUCCAGCUCUCCCGGGUUCACAGCUGUCUAACUCAACAUGUGCGACGAGGACGAGACCACAGCUCUGGUGUGUGAUAAUGGCUCCGGGCUGGUGAAGGCUGGCUUUGCCGGCGACGAUGCCCCCAGAGCGGUGUUCCCCUCCAUUGUGGGCCGCCCCCGUCACCAGGGAGUGAUGGUGGGUAUGGGUCAGAAAGACAGCUACGUAGGAGACGAGGCCCAGAGCAAGAGAGGUAUCCUCACCCUCAAGUACCCCAUCGAGCACGGCAUCAUCACCAACUGGGACGACAUGGAGAAGAUCUGGCAUCACACCUUCUACAAUGAGCUGCGUGUGGCCCCUGAGGAGCACCCCGUCCUGCUGACAGAAGCCCCACUCAACCCCAAGGCCAACAGAGAGAAGAUGACACAGAUCAUGUUUGAAACCUUCAACGUACCAGCAAUGUAUGUGGCCAUCCAGGCUGUGCUGUCUCUCUACGCCUCUGGCCGUACCACAGGUAUUGUGCUGGAUGCUGGUGAUGGUGUGACCCACAAUGUGCCCGUAUAUGAGGGUUAUGCACUGCCCCAUGCCAUCAUGAGGUUGGACCUGGCUGGCAGAGACUUGACUGACUACCUGAUGAAGAUCCUCACAGAGAGAGGCUACUCAUUCGUCACCACAGCCGAGAGAGAGAUUGUCCGCGACAUCAAGGAGAAGUUGUGCUACGUGGCCCUGGACUUUGAGAACGAGAUGGCCACCGCUGCCUCCUCCUCCUCCCUGGAGAAAUCAUAUGAGUUGCCCGACGGCCAGGUCAUCACCAUUGGAAACGAGAGAUUCCGUUGCCCAGAAACUCUUUUCCAGCCCUCCUUUAUUGGUAUGGAGUCUGCUGGAAUCCAUGAGACCACGUACAACGGCAUCAUGAAGUGUGACAUUGACAUCCGUAAGGAUCUGUACGCCAACAACGUCCUGUCUGGUGGUACCACCAUGUACCCUGGUAUCGGUGACCGCAUGCAGAAGGAGAUCACUGCCCUGGCCCCCAGCACCAUGAAGAUUAAGAUGAUUGCCCCCCCUGAGCGUAAGUACUCCGUAUGGAUCGGUGGCUCCAUCUUGGCCUCCCUGUCCACUUUCCAGCAGAUGUGGAUCAGCAAGGAUGAGUAUGAGGAGGCCGGACCCUCUAUUGUCCACCGGAAGUGCUUCUAAACGCCAGGCCCUCCCCUUCUGUCAGCUACUCGUGCACCUCUAGUUCCUUGUCUGUUGUGGUGUUCCCCCGUGUCUUUCAGCUGUGUUGUUGGUACUUCUCAUGCCCAUUUGUCAUCAUCAUGAACAUCUUCGUGACAUGCCUGUUCCAAAUUUUGGCAAAUUACUGAAUAAACUGAAGAUAUGUCAAACGUUUACUUUUCAACAAA